CUUCCGUCACCUGCCACUCUUGCGAUGGAGGGGUCAGAUCAGGAGGAGCAGCCUGAGCAGUUGAUUCUUCGACGCAAGGGGUUGACAACUUUGCAGAUUGACCUUUUGCAAGUGGGCAAUCUGCGGAUCUUGUCGGCGUCGCACAAUGCACUUGUUGACAUCACAGCAGUGGCUGAUUUGCCAGCCCUGGAGGAGCUGAACGUCAAUCACAAUCAGCUUACAGAUCUUUCUCCUGUGGUGGAGUGUGGUGCGUUGCGAGUGCUACUAGCUGCCAAUAACCAAGUCAGCGAGGUUGAUGGAUUGGACAAAUUGCCUAGCUUGCAACGCCUGUCUCUCUUCCAAAACGUCCUUCCUGACCUGGACCUGGCGCUGGCCACCCUACAGGCCUGUCCUCAGUUGGAGUCCAUUGAUUUAGGAGGCAACCCUUGCUUCCAAGAUGCUUCUCAUCGCCAUGGCCUCUUGCGUGGCUUGCCUCGUUUGCGUGAGUUGGAUGGUGAAGUCAUCACGAAUGUCGAUCGACAGCUGGCGGCCGAGUUUUUCCUUUGCGCCGAGGAGUUCGGGUUUGAGGAGCGUCCUGGAAGUUCCUACGGCUUGCGGCCGAAGACGGCGCCAAUGGCUCCAGUGAAGACCGAGAGAAGCUCGAGGAGCCAGUCGCGGCCACGCUCCUCUCGGAGAGGAUCACGCAGUAGCUCCAGAGCUCGAUCGAGAUCGCCUGACAAAUCUGAAGUGUGGGAAGCACCAACGAUCACCCAGGACAAGCAGGAAAGUCUUGCACGCUUCCAGCAGUAUGUGCAAGCUUUGCAGCUUCGACUGCAGACAACCCAAGUUGACUGUGGGAAUCUGACUCGACAGAUCCAGCAACUUCGCAAGGAUGCCCAGGAGCCUGUUCUGGGAAGCGCUGCGCUCCAAAAGAGACUAGCCAAGCUUGAAGAAGAGAAUUUGUCCAUGCACUCCAUGGCUGAAGAAAACCGCAAGAUGCGCUUGGAGGUUUCAGAUUUGGAAGCUCUUCUCUCCCAGAAGCGUCGCUCUUUGGGACUGCCUGAACGGCCAGGCACCAGAUCUGGCAGACCCGGAACGGCAGCAGUAGAAGCAGUUCUGGGCAUGUCAGAGCCCAGCACACUGGAAGGUUUCAAAUCCAAGUGCCGAUUGCUGAAGAGGGAGUUGGAGGCCGAGCGUGAGCGUACCAACGACUUGAGGGCCAAAGCUUGCUCUCGUGUCCUGGGCCGAACGGUGAGUCCUCCGAGAGCCGGCUAGGGCUUCGAGAUGCUUCGAAGCCUCGGCGGUGCAAGGCGGUGCAUGUGUUGAUUCCUUUGAAACAGAGGACUCAGCUACACGGGAGGCUUCAAAGUGUGAAGCGACCAAAAAA